CAUAAUGGCAGAUAAGGCAGGAAUAACUGAAGGUCAAACUCAACAAGGUCAAGGCCACCAAGGGAAAUCUGGUAGUGGUAAAAAGAAAAAUAAACCCAAGAAUGUAGCAAAUGAUCAAGUCAAAAAACAAACUGAUCUCAAUUCACCGAGGACUUUGAGUGAAUCAUCAACUGGGUCUCAAGGAAGCCAGAAAUCGAAAGGUCAAGGUCAGGAUAAAGGUCAGGUUCAAGAUAAAGGUCAUGGUCAUCAAAAACCUACAGACCCAAAUGCUCCUCAGAAGUCAAAAGCACAGCUCAAGGCAGAAAGGAGAGCACUUCAGGAGGCUCAGCGUGCUGCUAAAACUGCUGCCAAGGAGGGAGGAGCAGGUCAGAAAAAGGAAGGCAGCACAAAGGAGAAGAUGAUCCGCGUCCCAGACCACCUUAAGGUUGACGAUGCAGCCACACAAAAGAAAGUUGCCAAGAAGUUAGAAAAACAACAGGUGCCACAGAGGGCAGCCACUGAGAGGAAAGUGGGUCUGUUCAGGCACCUCCAGCAGUUUGAGAGAGGCACAUCUCUGACUCAGGCUAUACAAUUCUCAAACAAUGUUGCUAUCCACCCUGCAGUUUUAAAGCUGGGCUUACAGUAUGCAGAGGGGGUGGUGUGUGGGUCCAAUGCAAGGUGUAUUGCACUGCUUAAUGCCUUCAAACAGGUUAUUCGUGACUAUACCACACCUCCACAAAAGGAACUAGCCAGAGAUUUAGAUAACAGAAUAAAACCAUGCAUAAGUUUCUUGGCCCAGUGUCGGCCAAUUUCAGUCAGCAUGGGAAAUGCUAUCAAAGCACUCAAGUGGCACAUCAACCAUACGCCAAGUGAGAUGCCAGACUCAGAGGCCAAAAGAAAUUUGAAUGAAGUAAUUGAAGAUUUCUUGCAAGAGAAGAUAGUUUUAGCUGGAGAAGCCAUCUCUCAAACUGCUCUGCAGAAAAUUCAAGAUGGGGAUGUCCUUCUUGUCUUUGGUUGCUCCUCUUUGAUCCGGAAGAUACUCUGUGACGCACACUCCAAAGGAAGACAGUUUCGUGUUAUCGUCGUUGAUGGUCGUCCAAAGUUAGAAGGGCGAGAGAUGCUCCGUCGUCUCGUUAGACAUGGCAUUAAGUGUUCCUACGUUCUCAUCAACACAGCUUCUUA